CUGGUGUCACCUUAACACCUUCCCAGGAAAGCCAAUUACCCUGGGAUGAUUAUGAUUAAUAAUUCUCUAAACCUAAUCGUGCUGACACCAGUGCUUGGAGCUUACCUAGGGGCACUUUAUAAGAGGUGCCCUGUGGAGGAGAGUGUAACUGGUUCUCCUUGGGGCGACAGUGAAGGCUGAGACGUGGCAGGAGCUCCAUUCCAGAGGCAGUUUUCCCCUUGCACAAAAGAACUCCCAGAGUAAGAGCAAAAAGCGCCUCACAAACUGCAGCCAUGAACGGGACAGAAGGCCAAGACUUCUACGUGCCCAUGUCCAACAAGACCGGGGUGGUGCGGAGCCCCUUCGAGUACCCCCAGUACUACCUGGCUGAGCCUUGGAAGUUCUCGGCGCUGGCUGCCUACAUGUUCAUGCUGAUUCUGCUUGGCUUCCCCAUCAACUUCCUCACGCUGUACGUCACCAUCCAGCACAAGAAGCUCCGGACACCUCUAAACUACAUCCUCCUGAACCUGGCCGUGGCCGACCUCUUCAUGGUAUUCGGGGGCUUCACGACCACGAUGUACACCUCCAUGAACGGCUACUUUGUCUUUGGAGUAACAGGGUGCUACAUCGAAGGCUUCUUUGCCACACUGGGUGGUGAAAUUGCUCUCUGGUCUCUGGUGGUCCUGGCUAUCGAAAGAUACGUAGUGGUCUGCAAGCCCAUGAGCAACUUCCGCUUCGGGGAGAACCACGCCAUCAUGGGUGUUGCCUUCUCCUGGAUCAUGGCCUUGGCGUGUGCAGCUCCCCCACUUUUCGGCUGGUCCAGGUACAUCCCCGAGGGCAUGCAGUGCUCGUGCGGGAUCGACUAUUACACUCUGAAGCCAGAGGUCAACAAUGAAUCUUUUGUCAUCUACAUGUUUGUGGUUCACUUUAUGAUCCCGCUGUUAAUCAUUUUCUUCUGCUAUGGGAACCUGGUUUGCACUGUCAAGGAGGCUGCCGCCCAGCAGCAGGAGUCUGCCACCACCCAGAAGGCAGAGAAAGAGGUGACUCGCAUGGUCAUCAUCAUGGUCAUCUCCUUCCUGAUCUGCUGGGUCCCCUACGCCAGCGUCGCGUUCUACAUCUUCACCAACCAGGGAUCAGACUUCGGGCCCAUCUUCAUGACCAUCCCGGCAUUCUUUGCCAAGAGCUCGGCCAUCUACAACCCUGUGAUCUACAUCGUAAUGAACAAACAGUUCCGCAACUGCAUGAUCACAACCCUCUGCUGUGGCAAGAACCCACUGGGUGACGAGGACACAUCUGCUGGCAAGACAGAGACCUCCUCCGUCUCCACCAGCCAGGUCUCUCCUGCAUAGGCCCCUGGGGUGCACCCUGGCAGCACAAACUUAACCCCACCACUGCCACCACCUGCCCCUGCUUCACCGUGGCCAAGGCCCUGUGGGGCAGGCUCCUCGCUCCUGGCUCUAGGAACCCUGGGAACAAGGCUGAAAAUGUGUACACAUGUUUUGUAAUUAAAAUGCAAAGGCUUAGCUCCUCUGGC